AUGGCGCAGCUGUUCAUGAUGCUUCUAGAACCAUUCAGCGUCAGUGGUCUCAUGACUGGUGAGUUUUUGGGCGGCAUUUCCCUGUCUUGCGCGAUUUCGGCCAUAGCCGCCGAAGACUGGCGUGUCCGUGGUGUGACCGUCGGGCUACGAGAACACAGCCCGGUAACGCCCCUGUCAUCGUUUGCCAUCUACCAAGCAAAACCCAAAAAGACUUCUACCACGAUCGAAUUGACAAUCACCAAAGCAACCAUUGACAACAACAAAGCCCGCGAGACAAUGACCAAAUUCAACUGGAACUCACUCAUCCACCACCACCACUCAGAGACUCCGGCCGGCACAGAAAACCCGGUCCCGGCCACGGAGGAAACACAUCACAGGCGCGACUCGAAGCUUAGUCACAUCAUGGACUCGAUUCGGCACACGCUUGCCCACGAACAUGAGAAGCUACCUGCCAACAGCCAAGCUCAACAGCCAGCCUCCGCUCCGGUAAACACCGAAGCGGGCAACAACGGCUCACUCAGUCCUUCUUUGCAAGCCGUGGCCUCAUCCAAACUCAAUGAGAACAAUAUGGGUGAACAUUCCCAUGAAGCCGACGGCACCUGGGGCUGGCCUGGCCUUGGUACUUACACAUCGGAACACCCCAGUCACACAGGAUCCACCGACGCGGGUGCCCCACCGACAUCAAGACAUCAAUCAGUGUCGAAGGGAAAAGAGGCUGAGCCGGAAAGAAGGGCAUCAACGGUAUCCCAGGCCAGUAAGAAGAGCAGCGACACUCAAACGGGUUGGCCAGGCCUGGGUCCCUUCAACGAAGACGUCGAGGAGUAA